CAUCCAAUCAGGCUUGUUCUCCAAGUGCAAAGUUGAAGCCCAACCAACACACACAUACACCCACAUAUCCUGUUGUAGUAAAUCGUGGACUUUUUGCGGUGAAACACUGCGUUUAAACCUGUGUCCAUUCCUGGGAGCAAACUUUCCAAGUCCCCGGGUCGACCUUCGGAACAAACGCCCGGACGAGCCUGAAGACAGACGCUCCAAAGCCCCAGGUUCGAGCGAGGAGGAAUGCCACGCAGGCAGCUCUUCCCGGAGCUCUACCCGGAGCCCUGAGCUCUUCCCCCGAAGAAGGACUCGGCCGCACUCGGUGCAAGUAUGAGCGACCGCGCUCCUGUGGUGGUAUUCUGACAUCCGCAUUGUUUCCAGAUUGGGUUUCUCUGUGUUUCUGUUCUGUUGAUGAAGAUGAAGAUUAGGAAGUACUUCAGGGGCAGCGGGAGGGUGCUCGCCUUCGUGUUCAUUGCCUCUGUGAUUUGGCUGCUGUUUGACAUGGCUGCCCUCCGCUUGUCCAUGAGCGAUAACAGCAGCGUGUUGCUGAAGCAGCGGGUGGUCAAGGAAAGGUUGAUUAUGAAAAGUCAGACCACCAAGAUGACGCUAGAGAGGCGAGGGGGAUUUAAGAACCCGGUGCAGAGGGUGGACUAUGAAGGGAAGGACAACGUCCAGUUGUUGGACAGAGUAGCGGGUGCGUAUAGACGCCAGCAUAAAGAGAUGGGGAAAGGAGGUAAAAACAAAGUUAAUGGAGACUCUUUGGUUUUAAAAAGAAGUAAAGAAGCUGUCCCUGAUUUCAUCACACUCUCACCCAAGCAGAACCUUUCUGAGCCCAUCAAAGACUCUGUUGACAUCAAAGUGGCUCAGGAUAGUUUGAUCAAUGUGACAGGUCCUGUCGUUGUGACAAAAGCGCUAAAACUUCAGCCUGUGGUACAGGAGAACAAACAUGCUCCGCUACCUACCGCACGGAAGGACUUUCAGCACACGGGAAACAGAAGUGUUGUACAUGUGGACCCCAAAGUAAACAAACAGGUUAAGGAGGAACCUAAGGCUAAGUCUGCUAAACAAGGAAAUGAAGACAGCCACAUUGCCAAAAAACAUGACUUAACAAAAAACAAUAAACAGGAAAACAUAAUUUCCAAAAGGGACUUCAAUGCAACGAAAGAAGCCGGAGAACCGAAGCCAAACCAAGCUUUGGAUUCAUUGGCUAAGCCAGUGUUAGCUGGGAAAUCAAGAGUCCACAAAGUGUACGCCCUGGAUGUCACCAGUGCUCCCAGAGACCCCAAAGCAGUGGGCCAGUAUGGGAAGGUCGCCCUGGUGCCCAGCGAUAAGCAGGCGGAGUCCAAGAGCAGAUGGGCGGAAGGGCACUUCAACGUGUUCCUCAGCGACCAGAUACCCCUGGAUCGAGCCAUCCCGGACACCAGACCUAAGACGUGCUCCGACAGCGUGGUCCACAACGACCUGCCGUCCACCAGCGUGAUCUUCUGCUUCGUGGACGAGGUGUGGUCCACGCUGCUGCGCUCUGUCCACAGCGUCCUGAACCGCUCGCCCGCCCAUCUCCUGGAAGAGAUCAUCCUGGUGGACGACUGCAGCACCAAAGACUACCUUGGGAAGCAGCUGGAUGAGUACAUGAAGAAGCUGCCCAAGGUCCGCAUCAUCCGGCUGAAGGAGAGACAGGGUCUCAUCCGGGCUCGGCUGGAAGGAGCUGCCGUCGCCAAAGGCAAGGUUCUCACGUUCCUGGACUCGCACGUGGAGUGCAACGUGGGAUGGCUGGAGCCUCUGCUGGAGAGGGUUUACCUGGACCGGAAGAAGGUGGUGUGCCCCGUCAUCGAAGUCAUCAGCAGUACGGAUAUGAGUUACGUGAUGGUUGACAACUUCCAGAGAGGCGUUUUCACAUGGCCUCUGGGGUUCGCCUGGAACACACUGUCAGAGGAGCAAAUCAAGAAGGACAAAAUGAACGUCUCGGAUCCCCUCAGAUGUCCUGUCAUGGCUGGCGGGCUUUUCUCUAUCGACAAGUCAUACUUCUACGAGCUUGGGGCUUAUGACCCGGGACUCGAUGUGUGGGGUGGCGAGAACAUGGAAAUCUCCUUCAAGAUUUGGAUGUGCGGGGGCGAGAUCGAGAUCAUCCCCUGCUCUCGAGUGGGCCACAUCUUCCGGGGCGAGAACCCGUACAAGUUCCCCAAGAACCGGCAGAAGACGAUCCAGAGGAACCAGGCGCGCGUUGCGGAGGUGUGGCUGGACGAAUACAAGGAGCUGUUCUACGGCCACGGCUUCCACCACCUCCUUGACCGCAGCGCCGUGGACAUCGGGGACCUCACGGAGCAGGUCGCCCUCCGGCAGAGGCUCAACUGCACCAGCUUCAAGUGGUACCUGGACAACGUGCACCCCGAGAUCGAGUCCCACCUGGUGAAAGCCGAGGGCUUGAUGUUCAAUCGUGGUUUAAGAAAGUGCCUUGCUCUACACGGAACUGUUCUGUCCUUCACAACGUGUGAUCUCACCGAAAAGAGCCAGAACUUUAAUUACACCUGGCUGCGGCUGCUCAACCAGCACGACGUCUGCCUCUCAGUUCAGGAGGACGAGCAGUCUAAGGUGGCUCUGAUACCAUGUGACGCCACCAAGCCGAUGCAACGCUGGUUCUACAAAGCCGCCGGCUCGUCGAUGGGGGAGCACAUCAUCGCCGAGGCCAUCGUGCAGGACGUGUGCCUGGAGGCGGGCCUCAAGGGCUCGUCCCUCCGGAUCAACCGCUGUGAUGCCAGCAACACCCACCAGAUGUGGCAGUUCACCCACUAUUACGCUAAGACAACCUAGGGUGGGUGAUCCUCCACUAUGGGGAUCCUGCUCCAUGGUGUUCAUACUCAAAGUAGAUCUAUAUCAAUGGUGUUCUGCCUCAACGUAGAUCUAUAUCAAUGGUUAUCCACCUCAACGUAGAUCUAUAUCAAUGGCGUUCCACCUCAACGCAUCUUGACCAGAGGAGUUGUGUUGGACCAUGUUUGGUGUGAUGCCGUGCUGCUUUGAAGGUGAUGCUGAUUUGGGGAACGGGGCUGGGGUGGGGGGGGGGGUGGUUAUGAUGGAUCUGAAGAUAAAACCUGAGUGAUCAGAAUCUAGUCUUGUGUUUUUGCACAUAUUUGAAAGUGUGUGUGUGUGUGUGUGUGUGUGUGUGUGUGUGUGUGUGUGUGUGUGUGUGUGUGUGUGUGUGUGUGUGUGUGUGUGUGUGUGUGUGUGUGUGUGCGCGUGUGCGUGUGGAGAGAUGACAAUUGCGUUAUUUUAGGAGUAUAUUUAAAUUGGUUGAUUUAAGGAGAAAGACCAAAGAGUGUGUAAAAUAAAUGCAAUAAGCCAUGAGGCGUCUCCAUGUUAUGUGCAUUAUGCUGCGACUUUUUGUUUUUUAUGUAACCGUUCUCUUUUGGUACUGUCUAUUUUACACUAAUGCUGGGUUUGACUUUACCCAGAAGUCUGUGUUUUUAACGGCUCACACAACAAUGGAGUGAAUCUUUCGUUUGAACAAAAAUAAAUAUGGUUUAAAGGGU